GAUGUCUUGUCUCUUCCCGCCCUCCCUCGGACCACCGACGCAGUGCCAGGCCCGACCAGCAGCAGCAGACACACCGCGCCUCACGCACUCCACGCACACUGGAAGCCAGCGGGAGGAUGCUGCUGCUCGCAGCGGCUCAGAGAAGCUUCCUCCGCGGGGUUCGGCUGCAGGCGGCGGCGGCGCGGCUGUAGGAUGCACCGGACCGGACCGGGUGUGCCGGAGCGGGCCAGGCUGAGCUCGGCUGCUGCUCUCCUCCAUCACCACCAGUCCUGAUUCGGUUAUUUUAUUUUGUUUUUAUUUUUUACUCCCAUCGCAGUGUUUUUAUUUCCAGGUCAGAACCAGUGUUUCCUGUGCGGUCGUUUGCACUGAAAAUGGCCGGAGAUGGCGGCGCUCUGAAGGAUAUCAAUGAGAUUAAAUCCCAGUUCCGGACCAGAGAGGGCUUCUACAAGCUGCUCACCCUCUCCGACUCGCAGCAGCGGGGCGGCCUGCCGCGGGGCCCGACCGCCGGAGCCACGCUGGGGCCCGGCGCAGGACCCGGACCGAUCCCCGGCGCAGGGGUCGGGCUGCUGCAGGGGCCCGGGGCCGCCGCAGCCUCGUCCUCCUCCAAUGCGGCGGCCAACUCCUCCCCAGCGGGCUUCCUGCCGCCUGUCCGGGUCUCCAUGGUGAAGCUGCAGCCCGAAGACCCGAGCGAGGAGUCGGAGCGGGUGUGCUUCAACAUCGGCAGGGAGCUGUAUUUCUACACCUACACCAACAUCAAGAAGGCCGUGGACCUCAGUAAACCCAUAGACAAGAGGAUCUACAAGGGGACCCAGCCGACGUGUCACGACUUCAACCAGUACUCGGCCACGGCGGAGAGCGUGGCGCUCAUCGUGGGCUUCUCCGCCGGCCAGGUCCAGUACCUCGACCCCAUCAAGAAGGAAACCAGUAAGCUCUUCAAUGAGGAGAGGCUGAUCGACAAAUCCAAGGUGACGUGCCUAAAAUGGCUGCCCAAGUCGGAGAACCUGUUCCUGGCCUCCCACGCCAGCGGUCACCUCUACCUGUACAACGUGGACCAUCCGUGCGGAACCACCGCUCCGCAGUACUCGCUGCUGCGGCAGGGUGAGGGCUUCGCCGUCUACGCCUGCAAGAGCAAGACGCCGCGCAACCCCCUGCUGCGGUGGGCCGUGGGCGAGGGCGGCCUGAACGAGUUCGCCUUCUCGCCGGACGGCGUUCACGUGGCGUGCGUGGGUCAGGACGGCUGCCUGCGCGUCUUCCACUUCGACUCGAUGGAGCUGCAGGGUGUGAUGAAGAGCUACUUCGGCGGGCUGCUCUGCGUUUCCUGGAGCCCCGACGGGAAGUACCUGGCCACCGGCGGCGAGGACGACCUGGUGACCGUCUGGUCGUUCGCCGAGAGCCGGGUGGUGGCGCGCGGCCACGGCCACAAGUCAUGGGUCAACGUGGUGGCGUUCGACCCCUUCACCACUUCGCUGGAGGACGACGAGCCGAUGGAGCUCAGCGGCAGCGAGGAAGACCUCCACCAGGGGGCGCAGAAUAACUCCACGCACUUCGGCAGGGUGCGGACGAGCAGCACGCUGUCGCGGCUCUCGCGGCACAGCUCGAAAGGCGGCGGCUCGCCGUCCGUCACGUACCGGUUCGGCUCGGUGGGUCAGGACACGCAGUUCUGUCUGUGGGACUUGACAGACGACGUGCUGUACCCCCGCCUGCCCCUGUCCCGCGCUUUCACCAACACCUUCGGCCCUUCGCUGCCCAACUCUGGCAGCGGCGGGGUCAACAGUAGCUCUGGCGGCGGCGGGAUUGGAGGCGUGGAGGGGCACCAUCACCCGCCGGGCGCCAACACCGCUAGCGCCAACCCGCCGACGCUUCCCCUGCCGCUGCCCCGCUCCCUGUCCCGCUCCAACUCCCUGCCCCACCCGGCAGUGGCGAAUGCCUCCAAGGGUCCGGGCGCCUCCGAGGGCGGCGGAGGCGGAGGCGGAGGUGGGGGCAGCGGCGGCGGGGGCAACAUCGCCCCCUUCAGCAUCGGCCGCUUCGCCACGUUGUCCCUGCAGGAGCGCAAGUCGGACAAGUCCGGGAGCGGCAGCGUGGAGAAGGAGCACAAGCGCUACCACAGCUUGGGCAACAUCAGCAAGAGCAACGACAAGAUCAACGUUGCCCCCCGCAGCAACCGGCUGGACGGCGCCAAGGUGCUGGGCACGACGCUUUGCCCCCGCAUGCACGAAGUACCGCUGCUGGAGCCGCUGGUCUGCAAGAAGAUCGCACACGAGAGGCUGACCGUCCUGGUGUUCAUGGACGACUGCAUCAUCACGGCCUGCCAGGAGGGCCUGAUCUGCACCUGGGCACGGCCGGGGAAGGCGAACCUGACAGCACAGAACGGAAACUCUCCGAGUGGAACGGUGGUAUAGCUGGAGGAGAUGCUUUGCACUCAUCCCUCCUCUUCAGUUUCCUGUUCGACGCCACCUUCCUCUUCCUAAACCUUCUUUUGGGGCCAACGACCAGAACCAAACCCUGAUCGCUGAAACUCUGAGGCGGAAAUUAAGCCCGAAACUCUGACCCUGACUCCUGGACUUUCUCUGGAGGAAAAUCUCGUAUUUAUUUCCGUUUUAUGCAAAACUUAAGAGUCGGUGUAAGAGAAA